AUGCAAUCUCAGACAUUAGACUUGCUAGCCUUAAGUGAGACUCGUCUUGAUAACACCUUCACUGAUUCUGCAGUGUCAAUUGAUGGUUAUACACUUAUUAGCCGUGACCGGUGCAGAGGUGGUGGUGGUGUUGCCAUGCAUGUACGUUCGCAACGUCAUCGACUUUAAAAUCAGACCCGACCUCUCUGAUCCAGAUCUUGAGUUCUUGUGUACUGAAAUCCAAAAACCCAGAGCCAAGCCAUUUCUUAUUUCAAACUGGUAUAGACCUCCGAAUUCUCCAAUUGAGCUCUUUGAUAAGUUCGAGGUCCUUCUGGCAAAGAUUGAAGCUGAAAAUGUUGAAUCAAAUAUAAUAGGUGACAUCAACUGUGACAUGAUGGCAGUUACCCCUGCUAAUGAAACUAGACACCUAAUUGAACUCUGUGAAUUGUUUCAAUAUACUCAAUUGAUCAAGGAGCCUACACGCGUCACUUCAAGUACUAAAUCACUUAUCGACUUAUUUCUUACCAAUGAGCCGGUCAAAUUUGCUACAUCAGGUGUAUCUCCUAUUGGUUGCAGCGAUCAUAGUUUGAUCUAUGUCUCU